AUGUACACCACCAGUCAUCAGAGAGAGUUCCAAGCUAUUCAAGCGCGCAAAAGCGCUCCACUCAGGCCGGCCACCACUGAAUUCGCAGCUCAGCGCCCUUAUAAAGUCGAUGAUGCGCUCCCGACAACGACAAAUGGCGAAUAUCACAACCAAAAAGAAUACGUAGCUCAUGAACCAAUUCGCUCUGGGACAGCAUCUGGGCAGCGGAACAACAGACCUCAUCCUGACCAAAUGUUCAUGGACCACCACCAACGGCCGAUCGAAGACGGUCUCGGAGACGGAGACUCAGAGGCUUUCAGAGCAGCCAUGAAGGCUCAAUUAAAGAAAAGAUUGAAGCUCGUGGAAUCAUAA